UCUGUCACGAUACUUAACAUUGUAAAUAUAGGUGUUAAGAUUGGCAUUUCGAGGCAGGAUUCUUGCUUCAUAUCGGAGUAUGGUUCAUGUGUCGGCAGACGACCUGAUAGAAUGACUUUUUGAGAAAAUAUCUGGACAAAAUCGGCCGUAAAAUACCGCUCGGUGACUGCUUUUCCGAGCCGAGAUAUCAAGAGGAAGCGGUGUAUUUUCGAAUGAAGAUCAAAUAUGGCGGCCACACAGUCUGUGAACGUCAGUUUGGACGAUAUAGAUCUCUCAAGUUUACGGGAUCCAGCUGGGAUAUUUGACCUGAUAGAGGUCGUCGGAAAUGGCACCUACGGACAGGUGUAUAAGGGUCGCCAUACCAAGACAGGACAGUUGGCUGCCAUCAAAGUAAUGAACGUCACAGAGGAUGAAGAAGAGGAAAUCAAAUUGGAAAUAAAUGUUUUGAAAAAAUUCUCAAAUCACAGAAAUAUUGCUACUUACUAUGGUGCUUUUAUAAAGAAGAGCCCUCCCGGGAAAGACGACCAGCUAUGGCUGGUUAUGGAGUUCUGUGGAGCCGGUUCUGUCACAGAUCUAGUCAAAGCCACGAAGGGGAACUCAUUGAAGGAGGAGUGGAUCGCCUACAUUGCCAGAGAAAUCCUUCGGGGACUUGCUCAUUUACACGGAAACAAGGUCAUACACAGAGAUAUCAAGGGUCAGAAUGUUCUACUGACGGACAACGCCGAAGUCAAGCUUGUUGACUUCGGUGUGAGCGCCCAGCUCGAUAAAACAAUUGGUAGAAGAAAUACAUUUAUAGGGACGCCAUAUUGGAUGGCUCCUGAAGUUAUAGCCUGUGAUGAAAAUCCUGAUGCGACAUAUGACAACAGGAGUGACCUCUGGUCAUUAGGAAUUACAUCUAUUGAAUGUGCGGAGGGAAAACCACCUCUUUGUGAUAUGCACCCUAUGAGGGCCUUGUUUCUCAUACCACGCAAUCAACCUCCACGAUUAAAGUCCUCUAAAUGGUCCUCCAGAUUUUCAAACUUUGUAGAGACUUGUCUAAUGAAAGAUUACACACAGAGACCCAACACAGAACAACUGUUAAAACACACAUUUAUUAAAGACCAGCCGACAGAACGACAGGUCCGAAUACAGCUCAAAGACCACAUUGACCGACACAAGAAGAACAAACGACUCGACGAUCACGAUACAGAAUAUGAAUAUGAAGGCAGUGACAAUGAAGAAGAGGAGGAUAACGCCAUGCCAGGAGAACCAAGUUCUAUAUUACAAAUACCUGGCGAGUCUACAUUAAAACGCAACUUCCAGCUUAUCCAACAACGAGAAGGCCGCCAGCCUAAUGCACGACCCCCGCCUCAGCAACAAGCAAAACAGCACAAGGAUCAUCGUCAUGGUCAAGGUCAAGGUCAUCACCAUCAUCAAGGUCAUCAUCAUCAAGGUCACCAUGGCCAUCCCCAGCAACAGAAUCGUGGAGCCCCACACUCGGGUCAACACCGGCCUCCAUCUUCCCAUCAUGCUUGGCCAGUAUCCAGUCACUUCCAGGCACAGCCAAUCCCUGUCGUUCAGCAAAUGCCUAAACAAGUCCCCAAACAGUCCCAGUAUAUAGAAGAGGAGGAUGAGGAUGAUGAUGAUGAAAAUGAUGAUGAUGAAGUAGUUCAAGAUAAUCGGCCGCAAAGUUCCAAACAUCCCCAUAUUCCCGGGGACUCGCGGAAUCCAGGAUUUCGAGGUCCUGUUCAAAAACCAGAGUUGGCAUGGCAACAGUGUUUGGAUCUGGAUGCCCUGGCAGCUCAGCUAAACGAGUUAGGUGGGGCAGAAGAGAGGCGUGCCCAGAAGGUGAUUGUAGUGGAUGAUGAUGACGAUGAAGAGGAAGAGGAAGAGGAUAACACCGUCAACAGAGAUGGUACAUUACUGGCAUCGGAGCCGGCCAGACCUAUGCCCAGCGGUGGAUUUAAUCAAGACACACUGGAAACUCUACAGUCAAUGGUGGUUCAUGAUGAUGUCCCGGACCCCAUUGUGGGAAACCGACACGGACGACAGACAGAAGUGAAGAGGGAGAGAGACGAAGACGACGACAAUACUCUGAUGGUGCGACGGAACAAAAAUGAAAAUGCCAUGCAAGAAGGCGAUCGACGAGAUCCCCGGCGGGCGGAACUACAGAGGACGGGGUCUGGUAACAAGGUACCGGUAGGCAAGACGGCUUCGAACUCGUCCGCUCCUGGUGCACUCGGAGCAAUCCAGUCUCCCCGUCACAGUGCUAGUAGCGGUGUUCUACCAGACUUACUCCCUCCCCACACGCCGCCACAGUCACGAUCCCCGCCCACACCCCAACGGCCGCAGGACAAAACCACGUCAGACGAGGUACAACCAAAAACUCCAUAUCGACAAGCUGUUAGUAGUGCGGUCACCCCAUCGAUGAGACACCAGAGGUCAUUUUCAGCAUUUGGUUUUGGAGCGGAGGGAUCAACGAUUGGUUCCAUAUCUCAGCAGUCACGGAGAGGCUCUCAAAUCAAUGUCAACGUGACCCCGUCACAAACCACGACGGAGGCCAUCGGGGACACUCCGGAAAUUAGGAAAUACAAGAAAAAGUUCAACUCGGACAUUUUGUGUGCAGCAUUAUGGGGGGUGAAUCUGCUGAUAGGAACUGAGAGUGGUUUGAUGUUACUGGACCGAAGUGGUCAGGGAAAAGUAUACACGUUGAUUUCCCGGCGCCGUUUCCAGCAGAUGGAAGUUUUGGAGGGACAGAACAUUCUAGUAACAAUCUCCGGCAAAAAGAACAAGAUACGAGUGUUUUACCUGAACUGGUUAAAAAACAAAAUCUUCAAGACGGAAGGCGUAAGUGUUAACGACAAGAGGAGUGGUUUUGUCAAUGUUGGCGAUCUAGAAGGCUGUGUCCACUUCAAAAUAGUGAAAUAUGAGAAAAUCAAGUUCCUUGUCAUAGCCCUACAAGAGAGCAUAGAAAUCUACGCCUGGGCCCCCAAACCCUACCACAAAUUUAUGGCUUUUAAGUCUUUCAGUGAUCUAGUCCACAGACCCCUACUGGUGGAUCUGACAGUCGAGGAAGGUCAGAGGUUAAAGGUCCUCUAUGGGUCAAAUUCCGGGUUCCAUGCCAUCGACGUUGAUACCACUUCCUCUUUUGAUCUUUACAUUCCUUCCCACUUUUGCCAUAACAAUGACGGCACACCACAAACGGGAAUAACGUUCUACUUGAGUCAGACCCAGGGUCCUAUCACACCACAUACAAUAGUUGUACUACCUAAUACCAAUGGCAUGCUACUCCUUCUGUGUUAUAACAAUGAAGGAGUUUAUGUGGACUCAAAUGGUCGUGUCACAAAAAACGUAGUUCUGCAGUGGGGAGAACUUCCGACAUCUGUAGCUUACAUAAGUACAGGACAAGUGAUGGGCUGGGGAAACAAAGCCAUAGAAAUCCGCGCGGCUGAGACGGGACACCUCGACGGAGUGUUUAUGCAUAAGAAAGCUCAGAAGCUCAAAUUCUUGUGUGAGAGAAAUGACAAGGUAUUUUUCUCGUCAGUGAGGUCGGGGUCUUGCUGCCAAAUCUACUUUAUGACAUUAAGUAAGCCUGGCCUUGCGAACUGGUGACGACAACACAGACUUUAUCUCAGGGUCGAUCCGUAAAUUCUCAUCUGCAGCUUUUAAAAGAAUAACAUCACCACUUUUUACCAUUGACACAACUCCAGUAUUCUAUUUAGGCAGAAAAUACAUGUACAUCUUUCCAAGUGUAACAGAAGCUGAAAAAAAAUAAUGGUUGUCAUGGAAACUGCCUGCUGUUUUGUAGAGAUGGGACAACGUUUACAUGGGAACCACAUGACGACUGGUUGUCAUAGAUACAGAUGUGGUUGCCAUGGACACUAUGGUUGAGUGAUUGAGGUUGUAACAGAGGAAAAUGUGAAGAUGGUUGAAGACUUAAAAGCUAUUUUUCACGAAAAAAUUGUAAAUAAUUAAGUGUUGAUCUAUUGUACAGCUUUCGAUUUCGCUGUUGCCAUGACGACAGACAAUAAAUGAAAGACUAUUACAUCAUUUGGUGUUGUCAUGGCAACAGAGGGUGUGCAAUAUGCUUGGAAACGCUCCACGAUUAUGUAAAUCUGCAUGGCUUGCCUAUACAAGGAGGAGUCUACAUUUCAGUACCCCGGGUAUGCAUGACUGACAGUCAAAACGGGGCAAAAUUGUGGAUAAAAUUUUAAUGUGUUCACAUAAAAAAUUCUACACAGAUGGUGGACCUGUUUCGUCUCCUUUAACAGAUUGCCUACUCAAUCACCAUGCUGCUCAUAAUAUACUCCACGUACGGUGUUGUACAAGUCUCUGAGUGUGGCCUGACCAGCCUGGAUUUCGCUGGUCGUAUCAUGUAGUUUUAAAACAAAUGGCUGCGUCUAGUAUUACAGAAAAUAAGAUGAUUGAAGCUUCACUCAUUUCUAAUACAAAUUCCUUAAGGAUCUGCAAGGCGAGCUCUUCUGAAACAUUUCUCAUGAUGUCGACUGUCAGAGUAGAUAAACCGUUCUUCAAGCUGUUUUGAGACCUGAUGUUUUCUGCUCCAAAUGCCAAACAGGCUAUUCAUUUUACUGUGGAAUGGUACACGGAGUGUGGUGUUGCUAAGCGGGAGCCCGACACAAGACCUGCAAGGACAACUUCAAAAUGUUUAGUGCUGGGCAAAUAUGUCUUAUCGGCUCAAAAAGAUCUAACACAGUUCAAAACCUCCUUGUUCUCAACAAACCUGUCUGCGCCGAUAUCUCGGCGCAGGAGUAGACUUAAUUGUCAGAGUAGACGACUUAACGGCCGAUGAGUCGAUCAUUGUUAUACCAGAUUCCUUGAUUAGCUUGCGAACCUGGCCGUUUAUUUAAGUUAUUAGAAGACGUUUUAUGUGUGUUUUUUGGUAUAGUGCAAAAAUUUUGUGAAAUACCCUUUCAUGUGAACCAGAAAGUCCUAGAUAUCAAAUUAUAUGCUGUUUUUUUUUUUCUUCUAUCAUUAUGAUGACUAUUGAUAUUUUAUUUUUAUUUACAUUUCUAUUGUCUGUUAAGAAAAUGUUUGCAACUUUGAAACCUAUCACCUUGAUAAGUAAAUAUUAAUUGUAAGGAAGAAAAAGAAGUAAAUUCUUCACUCUACAAAACUGCCCCAGACUACUAGACAAUCACGAAAUGACAGUUAUAGAAAAUGAUAUAAAAUAUUAUGUUAGGGCUCUUAUAGCAAAUGUUAAAAUCAGACUUAAAAAAAAAAUUCAAACCUUUUCUAGAAAUGUAACUAAAAUGAUGCAAAGCAUUCAAUCUGUUAAUUUAUUGAUUAAAUUUGCUUUUAUUUUUGUGAAAUCUCACUUACUUCCAAACAGGCUUGAUGCUAAGAACUGUUUGCAGUAAAUUUAAAUUAAAAUGUUAAAGGAGUAGAGAAUUUUUUAAAUUUAAAUGUUUAAGGAGUAGAGAAUAAUUUUGAUUUAAAUAUUUGAAGAUAAAAUAAUUAUAUAUUUAAGGAGUAGAGAAAACUGACUUUUCUUAACUGUUUUUAAAAAAAUUCUCCGACUUUUUAUAAAGAGAUAAAUUUGAACCACAUUCAGUUAUUUAUUGAGAUGUUCAGUUAUUUUUAUUUACUUUUUCAUUCUUCUCCCAUAUUUCCAUAGAAUGUUAACUUGUUAACCAAAUGCAAGUUCAUAGAAUAAUUGAUGUAAAAAAUGUGUGGUAUUUCUGCUUGUCAAGAUAUAUAUGUAGAGUGUCCAACAUACAAAACCAGGUUCAUGCUUUAUUGCGUCAUACAAAUCAUCGCAGACUAAAUAUUUUAAACAUUCCGCACAGUUUUCUGCAUUCAGGAGCCAAUUACUUUGAAACCCAUACAAUAUUCUCUGCAUUGAAUACUCAUGGCGAAAAAUCUUUGAGGAUAGAAAUGAUACAGAAAAUGUAUGCUUUUCAAAAUGUAUAUAAAAGUCUCCUAAAAUCUGUCAUUGCGGCAAGUAGACCACUUUUGGAUGCUUCAGAGCUGAUUCCUGUAAUAGCUAUGCAAAUCUCUGGCAUAUACUGCCUUUCUAACAUUCUAUGACAAAUCUUUGACUUCUGGAGUCAACUCUCGAUGAUAAAAAUGAUGUACAAAAGGGAAAUAACUUCAAUUACUAGGCAACAAGAGAUCUUCACCGAGGGAAAGUGUGUCGGAGAAAUCAAAGUUAUGAGAUACCUUCAUCAUUAUAUUUUGUUAACAUUCAUUUUACAAAUUUGUUUUUGGUCGACAUUCGUAGUAUCGAUUGUAGUGGUAUUCGGUUUCUGACUAUUAUCAAAACCAAGAGAUUAUUGAUAGAUAGUAAAAGUGUGUUUGGAUAAACAUGAGGACAUGCAUAAUUUAUAUAUAAGUAUUUUCAAACACAUAUUAUUAAGUUACAUCGUCAUACUUUCGUAUGGUAACUUGGUUACUCAGUAGAAAUGAUAUUCUACCUGGCUAAAAUUAACCUUGAUUUGAUCUGCUGAUACCGAUGAAACAGUCCUUAGACAGUAAACAGGCAUUAAUUGUUUGGCUAGAAUACUCAGCUGUAGAUAAACUUAGUCUAGAUGGAUAAUAUAAAGCUAUAGAAUACAUUGUUACAUACAUGUAUAUCUGGUUCCAACUGCCAGUGUUUGUGACAAAAUCACUUUCUUAUUAUUGAUGUAGAUAUUUAUUAUUAUUUCUUAUGCAAUCAGCCUAACUGCUUUUAUUUGUUGUAGUUUUCUUCCGUUAAUUUCGAGAAAAUCUGUAAUAUAUACUUAACGCUGCAUAUGCACACAUCUGUGCUUACCUUUUGCCUGAACAGAUUGACGAUAGUCAGACCAUUGAUAGUUGAGGGGAGGUAACCCUGGUUAUGAGAAUGAAAUGUGGGCAUUUUCAUAUAAAAUUUGAAGAGAGAAGAAUUUUAAGUACUGUGUGCCAAAAAAACAUUUAAUGUGAUUUUAUGAUUUUCCUUUGUUAAGUUGAUGUUAAAAUGUCCUCGUGUCUUCGUGGCGGCAAAUAGAUUCUAGAUAUUACUACUGAUGUUGUCAGUAGGCAUCAGCCGUUCCUCUAGAGAUAUAGAUUUAAAUAGUAAUCCCCUACUUCCUAAUUAGGUCUGGUGAAUGGAAGGACUUGAACUUGUGGGUGUCUGAAAAGUAUCUGCAUGCUUGUUUUGAGCAUUAUGAAUACACAUCUUGUUGUUUUCAUUUCAGCUCAAUUUGAAUUCGCUUUUUGCUUGAUUGAUGUAAAACAUUGUUUUAAUUAAUGACUUUGUAUUUCUUGACAUUUCCAUGAUCUCGUGUUCAUUUUUCAGUUUUGUAUUUAAUCCGAUGUUUUCGCUUUGAAUGAUUUCAGUAUCCUGAAGUAACCAUGGGGGUGUAGAAUUUGUAUGUACCGGUUAACGCUAAACAAAAAAAUUAUAUAUAUAUCAUUCAUAUUUGAACUUGGUGUGAAAUAUUCAAGAAAUUUGCAAAUUUUAUGUUUCAUUCUAUUUUGUCUGAUAUCAAAAUUCAGAACCAAGAAAUGAAUACUAAAUAUAUAUGGAUAGUCUUUGUGAUUUCCCCCUGGAAGUUGGUUUGAAGUCUAGUUUUAAAUCAGGGUAAAAAAAAAAUCAGAUUAUUUUGAUAUUUUAGAUUCACAAAUAGCUUUCAAUAAUCAAUAUUAUAAUUUAAAUUGCAGUUAUUUAUUGAUUAAGAUGGGAUUUUUUUAUAGCUAGAAGGAAAAUGAUUUUUAUGAUUUGAAAAAUACUCAUUUAUGUAUAGAGUUUAAUGAUGUGGAGAGAGGAAGGUUGAAUCCCACCGUUUGUUAAUGAUUUAUUUUACUGUCGGAUUUUAUUGUUUACCUUGUAAUACAAAAUAUCAUGAUUCGAGGUUUUAACAAUUUUGGGUCACAUAACAUUAUUAUUUGUGGAAAAAAUGAAACUUUUCACCUGAUAUAUGCACGUCAAAGUGACAACUUCGAGUGAUUUUGUCCCGAUUUAGGUUUUAAGUGAAACAGAGAAGUGUAUUUAAUCACUCCGCUAGUGUUAUCCAUGAGAAAAGUUUUCUAAGCUUGGUUGAUUUUUCCCCUUCAAGGGACAAAGCUCAUAACUUCAUACACAUAUUUUUAAUUUUUUUUUUUUUAAUUUGAAGAAGUCAGAUCUGAAAAUAGUUUUUAUUUAUCGUACAGUUUGUAAUCAAUUAAAAAUUAAUUUUGAUGGAAUAAUCUAAAAGCUGUUAUCUGAAGUGAUGAAGUUCAUGUUUUACUUACCUGCUAGAAGUUUACUAGAAGCAUCGACUUUGUCUCACUCAUAUCCUUUGAGCCAAUGCACGCAGACUUUUUUAUUACUGGUGUAUGCAUCAUUGAUCUUGUAUUUUACGAUAGAAUGUACAAGAUCUAACUUAGCCCGAUAACAUAUUUGAUUUGAUAUGGUAGUAAUAAAUUUUCCUAGAAUAAAAUUCCUCUGAUUGGGUUUUAGUAAUCUUGAAUUAAGCUUAUUCUUCACUUCAUACUAUGAAAAAUGAAAAGUUUUAUCAUCAGCAUAAAAUUCCUGAGGCUUUCGGUGUUUGCCGUUUUCAUGCAUUCAAUUUGUUUCUUUUCCAGCAUUACCAAAUUAUUUUGGAAAUAUUUGAUAGAUUUAUAAAAAAAGAUUUUCUAUUUGAAUUUAGAUACUAAAGCUGUGAUAUUUUUUAAAUGAAAUGACAAGCAAGUUUAAUGUACCAGUAUCAGACUUCUGGUGGGGUCGUCGGGUCAAAAUUAUUAUUUUUUUUUUUAUAUCAUUUAUAGAAAAUAAUUAAAUCUAGAUCAAAUGAACAAGAUGUUCUUUUCCAAUACCACAAUAAAAGUCAACAUUUAAAAUAGUCUUGUAACUGAUCGGAACUCUGUGAAAACCUGGGAAAUCAAUAGGAGCGAAGUAAUUGUAGUUUACGACAGAUGUAGCGUUAGACGUUGGAUCUUAAUAUGUAUGUUAUCCAAGUUACCAAUCGUGUUUUAUAAAUAACAGUUCGUUGUAUUUGUAAUUGUACAGAGUGUCGAAUUGAGAUUCGACAGCAGGAGGAUUCUGUAUACAAACGCCAAUGCAAACUAGUUCUGUACUUCCGUAUUUGGUCGGAAGAUGUGUAUUCCACAGUGUAAGAUACAGCGAUGUAAGCAUGGACUAUUACUAGUGUACAAACAUUUUAUAUUUUUAGGAUAAUGUCUGAAACCCUAUUUGUUUGUGUACGACAUGGUCUGUCUUUUCUGUUCGUGCCAUGUCUGUGAACGUCUUAUAAGCUCAUGCUUAAUCCAAGUGCAAUUUUUCUAAAUAAAACUGAGAGAAGAACACCUUCUAUCAUGCAUUGA